AUGUCGAUGAGCCCUCUUGCGCCCGAAGCGCCCUUAUCUCCUAGGAGCCUCUCGAACCGCGUCACUGUCGCUAUCCUUGCGGUUGUCGGCCUUAUCGCGACCCUGUUCAUCCUCAGACAGGAACAGCCGGCUUGUAUGUGCGAUAAUGAAGUCAGCACAGUGUUCAGUGCUGUCACUGAUGUUGGUACCGGCUCUCUAGCUCCCGCUAGUGAGCUCCUCGCUGCUGAAGUUAAGUGUCCCUCGGCCGGCGGCGCUGCUCCAAGGCCUAUAGAGAACGCGUCGAACGCUUAUAACGUGUACGCGCGGUUACCGAGUAGUCCUGCUGACACGUUCAAUCGGCUUCUCGUGGCGGGUGCCGUGGAAGGAAAGAAGCCGUUUAUAUACGUGUACGAGUUCGGGCCCAACUGUACGGAUGUCAUCUCCGGGAUGGACGUUCCGCCGUACGCGUUACAUUUCGAUCUCGAACGGAAAUUGACGGAGCAGAUUUUAUCUGACGCUGGUGGGGUUCGAACCCGCGACCCGAAACAGGCGACUUUGUUCUUCGUGCCGUUUUACUCUGCCCGGCUUCUACAGUACUACUUAAGUGUCUCGAAAGACGGUGCGGAUAUGCGCGACGCGGUGGAAAAGACAUCGCAGGUUUGGAAGGCAAUGCUUACCAAGGUGCGGCGCGAGCCGCACUUCAACCGAUCCAACGGCCGAGAUCAUUUUGCAAUUUUGUCGACGCGGAACGGGAGAUGCGACGCGCUGACGUACAUAAACCCCAAGAUGCUCGGCGAGAUGUUCUUCGUGACUUAUAACGGGGAUGCUCUGGUGCGGAGCGUUCACACGGGAUGGACACCAGACAUGCGGGUGCUGUCGUAUAACUACGGAGCGCCUAUGAACGUCUCUAUUCCGGACAUCGCCUGCUAUUAUCCCAAGCGAGACGUGGUCGUGCCGCCCCUGCUGACUCAGACCCACGUCAUCCCCCCAAAGCGCGUGCACACUGCAGCCUCUGUGACUUCUUCUCCCGUCUCUGCUUCCGCAUCUGCCGCUUCUGCUGAUUCUGCUGAUUCCGCCUCUGCCGCUUCUGAUGCUGAUGAUGCUCAUGAUGCUGCUGCCUAUGGCGGCCGUACCAUCCGUGUGCUGUUGGUGACGUCAGCGAGCAGCGUUGCUGACGUGAGCACCGACAGCAUCAAGGUUGAACGCAUGCACCACAACUUCCCCGUGGAGAAGUGGUUGAUCGAGCUAUACACGUCCCAUGCAGCAGCCAUCUACGGGUGGAAGGUGGUGUUUCGAGGCGACAGCGAGCAGGCUGGGGGGCUCCGCGGGGAUGCAUCUGAAAUCCCUGCCACUGCUGCUGACGCUGCUGCUGGCGCUGGUGCUUCCGCUGCUGCUGCUGCUGCUGCUGCUGCUGCUGCUGCUGCUGCUGCUGCUGCUGCUGGCGAUAGUGCUGGUGGUGCAUCUGCUGCUGCUGCUGCUUCUGCUGCUGAUGCUGACGAUGGUGCAGCGGGUGGCAACAGCGAGUGGGGAGACAGCGUCUUCUGCCUCAUGCCCCCCGGUCGGGCUCAGUGGACCGUCCAGCUCGCCAAGGCAAUCCUCUCAGGCUGCAUCCCAGUGACGUUCCUCCGUGCCAACGACAACCCCUGGGCUGCCUCUCUCUACCGCCACGCAGCACCAGCAGCAUCCGCCUCUGCCUCCUCCUCCCCCUCCUCCGCCCCCUUGGCCCUCAACUACCCGCUCUUCUCUCUCAACGUCGACCCGGCGGAUCUGCACUCGCUGCCCCGCAGGCUGCAGGACGCCUUUGAUCAACCGGGGCUGGUGGCAAGGCUGCAGCACAACCUGGGGCUCGUGCAGGACAUGUUCAAGUGGCAUGACUCCUUUGACCAGGGUGCGGGGGCGGUUCUCGCUGAUGAGUAUUUGAGCAGCAGCGGCGGCACAAUCGCAAUUGCUUCAAGACCAGAUCGGGCUGCCUUUGGAGUCUACCUAGAAGCAUCCAUACUACUCCCCCUCCAUAUCAAGCGUGCUCUUUGCGCCCACUACGUCGAACACCCCCGCCUACGUCAUGUGGACCUUGCGAGGUGGUGUUACUCGCAAUACGGAUUGCGCCCGGAUCGCUCCACAGUCGGCCGCAUCUUGAAGAGCGCCGAGCGAUGGGCUGUCACGGCAGCCGGCGACAACCAAGUGCGCCGUCGAGGUGGCGCGUGGCCUGAGCUGGAGGAGGCCAUGGCGCGGUGGAUCGCAAACGCUGGGCCCGCCGGCGUUCCCCUUACUCUCCAGACCAUCCGCGACCAUGUCGCGACGAUGGCGAGGAACAUGGGCAUUCCGCCCACCUUCCGCUGCUCCAUCGGAUGGGUGCGCCGUGCCUUGCGGCGCCAGGGGGUGAGGUGCCGUGCGGCCCAAGGCGAGGCGGCUAGCGCGGACAUGGCAGCCGUUCGCGACGCACGUGAGAAGCUGCCGCAACUCCUCACGCAUCUCCGCGUCACACCGCGUGACACUUUCAACCUCGACGAGACGGCGCUCUGGCUGAGCGUGCUUCCGCGGCGCACGUACAGCAGCGGCCGCAUUCCCGGCCGCAAGGUAUCGAAGGAGCGACUGACCGUCGCAUUCCUCGUGAAUGCGGACGGGAGCCAUGCAUUCCGCCCGCUCGUGAUAAGCAAGUCGAAGCGGCCGCAUGACUUCCGGCCGGAUUAUGACCCCGAAGCGCUUUGCUACUGGCGGCACAACGCCAAAGGCUGGAUGUCCUCGCCGCUCAAUGCUGCGAUGUCUGCCAAAGGUCUGGUGUUGCUCGACAACGCGAGCAGCCACAUGCUCCGCUCCCAGCACGCAUGGAGCGAGAUCGUCUGCGGAAUGCGGACGACCUGCAUGAGCAACGUGCGGCUCGUCUUCCUGCCGCCGAAUACCACCGCCUUCACACAGCCGCUGGAUCAGAGCAUCAUCGCAACCGCAAAGGCUCGCUACCGCCAGCACUGGCUGCGUGCCUUCUCGGCUUUUUUGGACCUGACGCACGUCCACGACGACGAGCCCACUCCCGCCGCUUACCUCAACAUCGAGCUCGACGACGACAUCGAUGAUGUCGGGACGCUUAUUAGCGGGCUCGCGCUUGGGAAUGCGGCGAUGACGGUCGCAGAGUACGUCGCCAUUGACGACGGCGAGCCCACGUGCGCCGAAGGCGCUGUGGGGCCUCCGCCGACUAAGACGGAGGCGGGCCUGGAGGUGGAGCUCUGGCAGGCUCCGACGACCAUGCAAGCCGUCUACGACGACGCAGACCCCGUGGGCCGUGAAGCGCGCCGCACCGCUCGUGCGGCGUGCGAGAUGCUCAUCGGGUACGCACGAGCCACCUGCAUCACGCCGCGCGAUUUGUGCCAUCUUUUCGACAUCCGCAACUCCAUCAUAAUCGCGCGGAUGGAGCGGGCUAGCCCUUCGUUCAACCUGAACGCGGCGCCUCAGCCCGUGCCCUCCCCCGGCGCAACUCCCACUCCCGAGACCCGUCGUCCGCGGGGCCGUGUGCUGCCCGACUGGAUGACCCGUCCGUCCCGCCGCCAGCAGCUGCUUGACGCCGGGGUGGGCGCCGUGAUGGACGGGUAUGUGGAGGCGGCUGAGUGGAUGCGUCUGUGA